AUGGCUUCUACUUCGCUUAAGCGUGAUCUCAGGCUAGUAUUCAAAGAGAUGUCACUUUUUGAUAAACUACUUCCUUUACUAAUCAUAUUAUCGGUUGUUGUAGGCGUAAUCAUAUCAGUGUAUGCACCACAAGCACAAUCAAUCUUUAACAACACUAAUAAUAACAAGUUAACUAGCGUUUCAAUACAACUUACCAUAGGUCUUAUAAUAAUGAUGAUACCACCAUUAUGUAAGAUCGAAUAUGAACAAUUAAUAACUACAACAAAAUCCAACAAUAAAAGAGGAUUAUAUCUUUUUGCUCAACAUUGGCGUGAAAUUGCUGUGUCUUUGGCGUUAAAUUGGAUUGUGGGACCUUUUCUAAUGUUUGGGUUGGCAUGGGCCACGCUAUUCAACGAAAAGGAGUACCGUACUGGGAUAAUUAUGAUAGGUAUGGCUCGAUGUAUUGCCAUGGUACUCAUUUGGAAUCAAUUAGCUUUAGGAUCGAAUGAUCUUUGUGCAAUAUUGGUUAUAAUCAAUAGUGUGCUACAAAUUGUAUUAUAUGCACCAUACCAAGUCUUAUUUUGUUAUAUAAUAACUGAUGAAUCAAUUGACUUUGCAAACAAUUUAAAUAUGAGUGAUUUGUUUGUGUUGGUGUUGAAAAAUAUUGGUGUAUUUUUGGGUAUUCCAUUAGCAUCAGGCAUUUCAAUUCGUACUAUAGCAUUGUUGACAAUUGGUGAGGGAAAAUUUAAUACUAAAGUUUUACCUUGGAUCAAUCCAUGGGCAUUAAUCGGGCUAUUGUAUACCAUAAUUAUUAUAUUCAUAUCGAAAGGUGAUUCAUUUUUACAUGAGAUCGGUGAAAGUCUCAAAUGUUUGAUUCCACUUUGUUUUUAUUUUUUGGUAAUGUGGCUUGGUACAUUUUUUGGAUUCAGGUAUUACUCGAAUUACAUUAAUUAUAAUAGAUUAGUAAAGGAACAUGAAAAAUCAGCAAUCGAAAUGAUGACACCCAACACAAGGGCAGUAGUAAUGACAGAAGAAGAAGAAGAGGGUGAUUCUAGUGAAUCCACCAAACUUCUUAUAAAAUGUGGAUGUGAGGAAAAAUUAUCUUGUCAUCAACUAGAACAGCAUCAUCAAGGUAAAUUACAAUGCAAUGCCAACUAUUCGUCAACAGUAACUCAAGCAUUUACUUCGAGUUCAAAUAAUUUUGAGUUGAGUUUGGCAAUUGCUAUAGCUUUGUAUGGGGAAGGAAGUAAACAAGUUAUUGCCGCUGUGUAUGGGCCAUUAUUGGAGGUACCUAUUCUAUUAUUGUUGACGGUUGUAGCAAGAUACUUUCGAGUCAAACUUGUCUGGGGCGAUGCUUAG